AAAAUGCCUCCCAACCCCUGAAAUUUGUCAGAUGUAAGUUUUGAUUUUAUGUUAAAGCAAAGAAAUUGUGUUUGCUUGCAGCAUCCUCAGUAGUCUGGAUUGGCCUCAAUGACAUGAAGAAGAGCAUGCGUUUCCAGUGGUCAUCUAGCAGACAGGUCAACUUCACCAACUGGGGUCUACACCAGCCAGACAGUAAUCCAGGCCUUGAGGAGCGAAGUGUUGUCAUGAACAUUAAUGGUGGCUGGUCCACUGCGUUCAGUGAGUCGAACUACAUGUAUGUCUGCAAGACUGAAAAGAUCCCUGCAAGCAAACCCGUACAAGAAGCCACGGAUCCAGUUUGUGGCAAGGUAAGAGCAUAUUAUAUGUCUUUAGCUGUCACUUGGCGGGCCUUUUAAUUUAACACAGU